AUGCAGAGAAGAGCGAACGAUGAGAACAGAGGCAUUUGUCGCCGGCUGAUUAGAUUCGUGGUGGUUAAACUCAUGGCCGGUGAGAAGGAAGAUAAGUCCGUGAGGAAGAAACUGAUCAAGAUGGAAUCAAAUUCUGAUAUCACAAUUUACUUCAAGCAAAGAGAAGAUUCAGAGGAUAACGCUGCUAAUCUCACCAAUACCUCUACAAGAUCAGAAAGAGAGAGAGUGAUCAUGCUGGUUAAUGGCAGUGACGGUUCAAAGAAGAUGAUACAGGGAAAAGGGAAGAACAUGGUGAGUGAAGCUAACUUUAUGAGACCAGUUGUUGCUAAGGUUGAAGAUGGGAGGUCAAAUCCACAUCCGAAGCCGCUUUCGAAUGAUAUAAAUAAGAGAUCAGAUGCUUUUAUCCAGAGUAGGCUCGAGAAGAUGAGAAAAGGCCUAUAG